AUGUCAUCGGACCUCUGUUACAACUGCCACCAGGGUAUCUCAUCUACUCUGAAUCUUUCUUGCGUUGCUAACACCNNUGCAGUUCAUGGACCUCGCACAUGUGAAAAGCCUCUCGAAGAAUGCUUGAAUUGCGGCGCCCUCGGCCAUACCUGGAACUUCUGCCACCGUGGAGCGCUCAGACUGCAGCCCGAUUACAAGUACUACGCCCUCUGCCACAACUGUCAAAAAUGGCACCUCCCUGCUCCUUGUAAGGAAGAAUUGGUUCGCUGUGGUGGUUGCAUGCAACUUGGCCAUCUCCGAGAGUACUGUGCUUUCGAUCCAACCCCGGCNACGCUUUUCACUGAGGGUAUGAGUAACUACAUCUCGCACAACCUCACUGCCAACAACGCCCAGUGGAUCGUGCACAAUGCUUCUCUGGCCGAUGAGAUCUACAAGAUCAAGAUGGGUGCAGUCAUGGACACGCUUCAGCUCUUCACAGGCAGAAACCGUGAAGAGGUCCGUGUCUAUCUCGCCAAUGCUUACCACGGCCAAUCCUCUGGCGCCUCAUCUUAUCACUCCGUAUCUACACAACCAUCCGCAUCAAGGCAGCUUCCAACACCUGCUGCUGUCAAGACAGAGAUCAACUCUGGCCUUCCUCCUCCGCGUCCAAACAUUCCACAGACCCAGGUCCGCGACCAAUCGUACGAAGCAUACAACACGCUAGCUCCUCUUCAACUCCAAGAUGGCGACAAACAGCCACACCAACAAUCCAAGGCCUUGAACACUGUUGUCGCCAUGGCCAGUGGAAGUUCAUCGAGCUCUUCCACCAACCACGAGUCUGAUGCAGCUCCUGGAGUUCAAAAGACGCCCGCGGGUCCUCAGUCCGCCCAUGACGGUAUCUUUAACUUCCGCACAUAUGAUGAUGGAGGCCAGGAGGAAAAUCGUGGUGACAGUUCAGGCAACCAAAGCAUCACCCCAAUAAGCUCUCCUUGCGAUGAUCGUGCCAGUUCGGUGGAAAGCACAGAUGAGGCGGAGCAGGAACGCGAGUUCUUCGAAGGAGCACUCUACUAA